ACACGAACGUCCCUAUAUCUUUCACAGUGGCUCAGUAGUCGUCUCAAACUCAAUCAAUUGGCAAUCGUCAUUACCCGUUGAUAACGCAGGACUGUCGCCGAAGACGUGUUAAAGUGAACAAAUAAUCAAAUAAUUUAUGUUACUGUCUAAAAUAAUAUAAUUUUGAAGUCAUAUUAUCAUACGGUGUGUCAAUAAAAGAACACGAAUAUGUUUGUGAUAUAAAAGUCCAAAGUGCGCUUGUUUUGUUUUAAAGUGAAGUAAUAGUCAUGUCUCUCGAAGAAAAGUUCCGCGCAGCGGUCAAUGUCAUCAGAAGCUUACCAAAGAGCGGGUCGUACCAGCCCAGCAAUGAGCUGAUGCUGCGAUUCUACAGCUACUUCAAGCAAGCUACCGAAGGUCCCUGUCUCAAGGACAAGCCGGGCUUCUGGGACGUCGUCAACAGGGCGAAAUGGGAAGCGUGGAACAAGCUAGGAGACAUGACGAAGGACGAGGCCAUGCAGGCCUACGUCAACGAGUUACACAAAAUCGUGGAGACGAUGUCCUUCAACUCCGACGUGGCGUCUUUCCUGUCUGUGGAGGACGACUCCUCCUCGUUCCCGAGCGCGGACCUGCAGCUGGUGGCCGGGGACGUGCUCGCUCGUUGUCGCUCCUCUGAGAACUCGCCCGACUUCUCUCGUUCAGUGAGCGGGUCGUCAUCCCCCGUCCGGAGCGCGUCGCCGGCUACGACACGGACACGACACGACUCCGACGACGAGUUCAUCGACACGGAAGACGUUACUGCGAAUGACCAAGUACCUCUGGAGCACCAGCGACACUCUCAGGCUCCUCGCCUCAGUAACGGACACGCUCAUCAAAUAACAUCACAACUGACACAUCUCAAAGUGUUGGAACAGUUACCGGGCGUGCUGAACAGACUGGAGGCGGACGUGGCCGCCUUGAGGAAGGCCGUGGAGGGAGACAGGAGGAUACUUGACCAAGUAUCGAGCGGGUGGCGCUGGCCGUGGCAGGAGUUGAGUCCGCCGACCCUGCUGCUCGUCAUCGUGUGGCCCAUCAUACUCUACAGACUGACGGCGCGCAGGCAGAGGAGUGUCUAGACGCCAGGCCAGCCCGGGCCCGGCGCGUGUGAGCUGGCCGUGUGACGUCACCGCUCGUCUCCGUGAGCAUCCUCGUCCACGUCAGACUCCGCAGAGGGUAGUCGGCCGCUUCACGUUAGAUGUUAGUCAAUGCAAAGCGUUCUCCUCGUGUCCCGCGCGCGCCGGUGCUCCAUCGCAGCCUCGAAGGAUCUUGUUGCCGUGAAUGUAUCGUAUCAGUCUUCAGCCACACGAGUCGAGCGGACGGCGACAUUUUGUUACCUAUAUUAUAUUAAGUAUAACUAUGUUUGAGUUUUAAGCCGAGGUUUACUGUAGCGAGGUCCGGACGUGGCCUGGGCCGCGGGGUCGACGCCCUUCGAGUGAUAUGUGAUUAGUUUGUUUGAGGUCGUGUCUCGGGUGUUUUCUUGUGGACUUAACAUUCGUAACGUAUUGUUUUUUGUAUAAAUAAAGGGGGAAUUUUUA